AUGCAGCUGACUCAUACCCAGCAAGGCUUAAACUGUGAUUGCAUCACUGUUCCAGGCAGAUCGCAGCUCUUUGUUGCAGUUGCACUAGCUCACUCCUUCAGUCUCUAUGCCCACACGUCUGGAGUUCUCUCCCCCACUAAACGCCAGAAAAUGGCCAAUCUGAUGCCCGUAAUAGCCCAGGAAGAGCUGGAUAACUUUAUCUUCACCAGGACAAGUUCUGGCUUCGCCCUCAAAGCCUUUCAUGCUCCUCAGAAUAUUAACAUAUCACUGAAACUGCUGACCAGCCAGAAUACAACUGAGAGUGAGUUGAAGGUGCUACUCCAAGAUGUAGCAAACACACGACGCAUUCAAUCUGAACAGCUCCUGCCUUCUCUUGGGAUCUACCAAUCUCAGGGACUUCUGGGGGUCGUGACUGAAUGGAUGUGCAAUGGAUCCCUCCACUCGCUCAUCCACGAGCACCACCUGUACCCAGAAUUGCCUUUUCCCCUACUCAUGCGGAUCCUGUCAGAUGUGGCUGAAGGAUUAUAUCAUCUCCAUAGGCUAGAUCCUCCUCUCCUCCACUACAGCCUGAAACCCUCCAAUGUCCUUUUGGAUACACAAUAUAGAGCUAAGAUAACAGAUUAUGGUCUAACCUCCUGGAGGAAGCAGCAAAGAUCAGUCCUGCAGAACUGCAAUAGAAGCUGCUGGGAUUUGGUAUACCACUCUCCUGAAAUACUUGAAGGAGGUGUACCCUCACAAGAAGGAGAUAUUUACAGCUUUGGAAUGCUAUGUUGGGAAAGCUUAAGCAGACAGAAACCUUUUGAAGGCAAAAAAAACCUGCUGGAAGUUGUGACAGGAGUCUGUAGUGGCCUGCGGCCUGGGACUGAAGCAGAGUAUAUACAGAGCAAUUUGCCUCAGAGAAACAGGCUGUUACAGCUCAUCAUACUGUGCUGGCACCAAGACCCAGAUUACAGGCCCCAAACUGCAGAAUGUGUGGAACUCUUAAGGAGAAUUUUGAGUGCUUUUAGCAAGGAGAAGAUUUCCAGUGCAAUCUACAGUUUGAUUGAUGCAAAGGAGAGAGCAGUAAAUGCCUGCAAAGGCUCAGUUCCACACAUGCUUCAGACACAUGUGCACAAUCUAGAGGUCAUCUGUGCACAGAAAAACAGCAACCGGCUUAUCGACAAGAGUGUCCAUCUAACAGCACAGAGAUUGUCAACUGUUCUUGACAGCCCUGCAGGAAGAGAGAAGGCUAAUCAGAUGGCAUUUGCAGAUAUCACAGCGCCAAACACAACACACAAAAAAGCUCAUCCAGGUAGUAGAGAAUCAGCGCUGCAGCAUUCCUUUCCCACUCCUUGUACCUCUGAUCCACACGCAAGCAGAGAAGAUGGUGGUCAGUGUCAAAGGGACCCAAAGCUGUGGCAGCAGCAGGCACUACAGUUAUCGCUGCCACCUGAGCACAGCCCUCAUCAUAGCCAAUUUCAAAGCACACAGUGUGAACAAACAUUAACAGGUCCUUGCUGCAAAGGCAACUGCUGCCAGAUCCUAGCCUGUGGGCGACAGACUAUCUUGAGCUGCAUGACAGAAGGGCGCCUCAACCACAUUCUUGAUGUCCUUCGCUCCCAGCGAGUGUUGUCUAAAAUGGACUAUGAAAUGAUCACCUCUUUCCCCACCCUGACCAGCCGCGCUCGUGCUUUGUUGGACACUUGCCUCUGCCUUGGAGAGGGGGCAGCUCAGAUUGUAGUGACUGUACUCUCAACUAGCAAAUGUAGCCCUCUGGCACGAGGCAGCCACAUCACAGACAGCUCUGCUAAAUUAAAUAGACGACUGCAGUGACUUAAGUUAUUUUUCAUGGCAUAUUUCAUGGAUUGGUGCACUGGUAACUUGGAAUGACAUUAAUUCAUGUUCAUUUCUCAUUACCCACUGACUAAAAAGUCUGUUCCUUUUCCUACUGCUCAGUGACUUUAGUCCUCUAAGAGUUCAAGACACCCAUUGCCUGCAGAAAUAACAGAGCCUGGUAAUAUAUAUUCCAACUUGGACCUCUGAGAUGGUAGGAUUAUGGGAGUAUGCCAGAGUCUAGUUCAAGUCACAUGUCACUUAUUAUUUCCUGGUUUCUUAAUGGAGGUAAAUUGAUUGUGACUUAUUGGUGGAUGGUUGAGAGGAAGACUGAUGCUAAGCUCUUCCAAGUCUGAAAGGCACUUAAGGAUGGGCUGCUGCCUGGGAAGGAAGAAAGAAGCUGCUUUUGCCAACAGCCAAGCAAGCUGUCACAGUGAAAGUGAAAAGCAUUCAGGAAUAAGUUUUCAGGAUCGCUUCAAACGAGCCUUUGAAAUUUACCAUCUUGCAAACUGAAUCAUUUUUUAAAUUUUUCUUGCACAAAUGCUCAUUUGUCCUUGUAAACUGGUACACUUACAUUUAGCAGGUGCAAAUUCAGAAACUCUUUUGAAAUAAAAUGGCCAUAAACAAGUUAAAGUUACCUGGAUACAGCAUGUUAAUGUUGUUCAGUUUAUGAAUGAUACAGGUAUACAAUGUGAAGUUAAGCUGUGAGAUAAGAGGUGCCAAACUGGCCACUUUGGAAGGACAGUUCCAUUGAACUGUAAAUAAAGAUACGAACAUCAAAUAUUAUCUUAGUUAAAAUGAAAAUGAAGUGUGCAAGGUGCCUCCAUUAGAAAGUACCGUAGGAUGCCUGCAAUAUUCACGGCACUGGAUAAGCCCAGGAACAUUAUCAUUACAAGAUGUAUAGAUAUUUCAGAUGCCAAGCUACAUUGUUUUGUUUCACUACAUUGCAAUUGUUCUUUUCAUUUCCAAGAUGUUCAAUUAAUCCUGUGGUUUGAUGUGUUGGAAUCUUAAAUGCAGGAGUGGAGUAUUUUAAGGCAUAUUUAUACAAGGGAUUAUUUAUUCCACAUGAUAUAAUUUAAAACCACUAGCUUUAGAAGUUUUAAAAUCAACAUUUUAGAAAAUUCAGUCAAACUGUCUUAAGGCUGCUUUGUGACAAUAAAAAUGGCUAAAAUUUAAAGCAGUGUCAAAGUGUGUUAGAAAUGUCAUUUUUUACUUUAUUAAGGGAGGCAACUUUCUAGCUCCUAGAAGUUUAAUGUUUCAUGCUACAUUUUAAAUGAGAGACAUCUGUUUCUCCAACAGACCACAGAACAGCUUUUGGUACAACAUAGGGCUCUUGUCACUGGUCAAAAAAGGAACGAGUCCCUCCACUGUAUUCCUUCCUUCUGUGGAAGGAAGCACAAUUGUCAAGACUUAAAUAUCAGGUAUCAGGAAUCAUUCCAUUCAACUGUUGUAUUGGAGUUUUUAAACUUCUACAUAACAUGAUGGGGCAGUAGACAACCCUAGUUUAUGAUAUAUUUUGAAAUGACUGCCUGAUUUUAAUGCAUAACUUAGU